AUGAGCGCCAACGACGACACGCUGAAGCUCCUCUCGACCAUCGAGGAGCGCGUCUGCGUCGUCACCGUCGUCGGCCUCUACCGGUCCGGCAAGUCGUCGCUGCUCAACUGGCUCCGCGACCCGGAGAAGCCCGGCGGCUUCGCGGUCGGCCACGGCGUGUCGCGCUGCACCAAGGGCAUCUGGGUCUGGGGCCGGCCGGCGGCGAUCACGCUCGAGGACGGGAGCUCCGCGGCGCUGCUGCUCCUGGACACGGAGGGCCUCGGCGGCCUCGGCGUCGACGGGUCCUACGACGCGACGAUCUUCUCGCUGGCCGCGCUGCUCGCGUCGACGCUCGCCUACAACUCGCUCGGCGCGCUCGACGAGCACGCCAUCUCGAACCUCGGCUUCGUCGCGCGGCUCAGC